UUCGCCUGAGCGCCGCGAUGGGGGGAGGCGACCUGAACCUGAAGAAGAGCUGGCACCCCCAGACCCUGCGCAAUGUGGAGAAGGUGUGGAAAGCCGAGCAGAAACAUGAGGCCGAGCGGAAGAAGAUCGAGGAGCUGCAGCGGGAGCUGCAGGAGGAGCGAGCGCGUGAGGAGAUGCAGCGAUACGCUGAGGACAUGGGCACCGUCAGGAAAAGAGAAGAGAAGUUGGAGUGGAUGUACCAGGGUCCUGGAGGCAUGGUGAACAGAGAGGAAUAUCUUAUGGGUCGCCCUGUGGACAAAUAUGUCUUUGAGAAGACAGAAGACAAGGAUGCAGGCUGUUCCAAUGAGACAGGACUUCUCCCAGGCUCCAUUUUUGCCAAGACGGGUGCCAAUUCUGUCCUAGAUAUGGCAAACAAAAUCCGGGAAGAUCCACUUUUCAUGAUAAGAAAGAGGGAGGAGGAAAAGAAGAGAGAAGUUUUGAAUAAUCCUGUUAAAAUGAAGAAAAUCAAAGAAUUGUUGCAAAACAGUUUAGAUAAAAAAGAGAAAAAGAAGAAGAAAGAGAAAAAGAAGAAGCACAAGAAACAUCGACGUCGCAGUUCUAGCAGUGAAAGUGACAGCAGUGAAGAGGAGCGAAGCAAAAAUAAGUCUCAGAAGAGGAUGAACAGUUCCUCCUGGAAACCUGCUCCUUCCAAAGUCCCGGGAUAUGGCUUACAAGUUAGAGACUCUGACCAGAGCCACAGGUCUCGGAGCUCUCCAGCUGCCGGCCAGGAGAGGGCCCCCCACAAGCACCGGGAUCGCUCCAGGUCCAGGAGCCAGUCCCGCUCUCCUCAGAGACGCUCUAGCAAGAAGAAUUCAGAACAAUCUGGAUGCAGGGGGUCAAGAUCUCCUUCCAGACACAGUAAACAACAUAGCAAUCGGGAGGAGAAAGGGAGAGCUAGAAGCCCUUCACCUAAAAAGAGCUAUCGACGACAGCAUACUCCGGGUUACACAAGAAAGAUCUCUCCAGAGGAACUAGAGCGUAAACGCCAGGAAAUGAUGGAAAAUGCCAAGUGGCGGGAAGAGGAGAGAGCAAACAACCUCAGGAAACACCGAAAGGAGGAGGAGCUGGAGCGAGAACUGGAGAAACUCGACUCCCGAGAUGGGAAGUUCUUCAAUCGCUUAAAACUAGAGAGUGCAUCUACUUCCACCCUAGAAGAUCGGGUGAAACGCAAUAUCCACUCUCUUCAGAGAACUCCCGCUGCCUUGGAAAAAAACUUUAUGCAGAGAUGAAACUUGUUCUUCCUCUGCUCCUGUGCAGAAGUUAAAUGGACACUUAUUCCCAAAGGUGAGAGACCUCCAGCACAGACUCACUGCUCUCUACAGGAACCGUUCCCGUCUCCCAAAGAGGCGCUGGAUUUCUGUGCUGCAGCCCACAGCGCGUUCUGGACUUCUGGCAUUGUGAAUACAUUUGUAAUGAGUAUGACCUUGCAAGCAAACCUUUGCUGGAGAACUCGUGAGCCUUUGUAUUCUAUUUUUAAUGUAUGGCCAGAUCUUUUCCUUCUCUCUCCACCUUGACUGGUAUCAUUUUUGUAUAUUGUUAUUACCAAAUUAUGCCGGGUGGUAACUGCUUUCUACAUUGGGCAGAUUGUCCGAGCUCUUUAUAUGACAGAGCAAAAGACCUAUUUUUGUUAGUCCUUAAAAAUCGGAGCAGAACAAAUUCACGUGUGAGUUAAUUUCAUGGAAUUUCAUAAAGCUACACGAGUAACGGACAAAAUCCUGUUCAAUACUGUCACCAUUUCAGGUGUGGGUUUGGAGGGUGAUGUUAGACCAGUCUGCAAAAUAUCCGUAGCCGUUAUUUGAUUGCUCACCGAUUUGAAUGGUGUUUCACCCAAAGGAAGCUGCUUCGAAGGGAAAGGAAACGAGCAGAACAUAGCUGAUACAGCAAAUAUUUCUCUGGGAUUUUGUAAUGUAAGUAAUGUGUAUAUGUACAGCAGUGUAGAUUUUUUCUUUUUUUUUUUAAGAAUUAAGAAACUUUACUGUCA